AUGGCCCCCGCAAACACACUGCCCGCCUGGGCCGAGCUUCAAGCUCACCGUGACAACGUCGGCAAGAACUUUGUCCUCAAGGAGGCCUUUGCUUCCGACCCCGAUCGGUUCUCGCGCUUUGCUCGCACCUUCAGCUCCGAUGGCGUCUCGGCCGACAUUCUCUUCGACUUUAGCAAGAACCUGGUGACUGACGAGACCGUCGACCUGCUUGUCAAGCUUGCCAAGCAGGCAGGCGUUGAGAAGAAGCGAGAUGCCAUGUUUGCUGGCGAAAAAAUCAACUUUACCGAGAAACGCGCCGUAUAUCACACUGCCCUUCGCAACGUCGGCGGCUGGGACAUGAAGGUUGAUGGAGUGGACGUCAUGAACGCCGCCGGGGGCGUCAAGGACGUCUUGAACCACAUGAAGGAGUUUUCCGAGCAGGUUCGGAGCGGAGAGUGGAAGGGAUGCACUGGCCGCAAGCUGACCACCAUCGUCAACGUUGGCAUUGGAGGCUCUGAUCUCGGUCCCGUCAUGGUGACGGAGGCGCUCAAGCACUACGGUGCCAAGGAUAUGACUCUCCACUUUGUCUCCAACAUUGACGGGACUCACAUGGCCGAGGCGCUGAGAAACUCUGACCCAGAGACGACCCUGUUCCUGAUUGCCUCCAAGACCUUCACCACGGCCGAGACUACUACCAACGCCAACACGGCCAAGGCCUGGUUCCUGGAAAAGACGGACAACAAGGGCGACAUUGCCAAGCAUUUCGUCGCCCUCUCCACCAACGAAGCCGAGGUGACCAAGUUUGGCAUUGACAGCAGGAACAUGUUUGGGUUCGAGAACUGGGUCGGUGGCCGCUACUCUGUCUGGAGCGCCAUCGGCUUGAGCGUUGCGCUGUACGUUGGAUACGACAACUUCCACAAGUUCCUCAGCGGCGCGCAUGCCAUGGACAGGCAUUUCCGCGAGACUCCGUUGAAGCAGAACAUUCCCAUCCUGGGGGGCCUGCUCAGCGUCUGGUACUCUAAUUUCUUCCAGGCGCAAACCCAUCUUGUUGCUCCCUUCGACCAGUAUCUUCACCGCUUCCCUGCCUACCUCCAGCAAUUGUCGAUGGAGUCGAACGGAAAAUCGAUUGCCUCGGAUGGAUCAUCCGUCAAGUACACCACUGGGCCCAUCCUCUUUGGCGAGCCUUGCACCAAUGCCCAGCACUCCUUUUUCCAGCUGGUCCACCAGGGCACCAAGCUGAUUCCCACCGACUUCAUCCUCGCGGCCAAGUCGCACAACCCCAUCAGCAACAACCUGCACCAGAAGAUGCUUGCCUCCAACUACUUUGCCCAGGCCGAGGCGUUGAUGGUGGGCAAAACAGACGAGCAAGUCAGGGCGGAAGGCACCCCUGAAGAGCUCGUUCCGCACAAGCGCUUCCUGGGCAACCGCCCGACCACGUCCAUCUUGGUCGGAGGAUCAAUCGGCCCUGCGGAGCUGGGAGCUUUGAUUGCCUACUACGAGCACCUGACAUUUACCGAGGGGGCCAUCUGGGAUGUCAACAGCUUCGACCAGUGGGGAGUCGAGCUGGGCAAGGUUCUGGCCAAGAAGAUCCUGAAGGAGCUGGACGAGCCUGACAAGAGCGAGGGCCACGACACGUCGACGGGCGGGCUCAUUGACGCCUUUAAAGCGUACUCGAAAAUCUAG